GACGCAACGAGCCAAUAAAGCACAUGUGAAAUCAAAACUGUUGUUCAAUCAUUGACGCGCUAAUAGCGGUGGUGCUUUAGCCAGUUUUCGUUGAACUCACUUCUCAGACUCGCUGAUGUUAUUGCUGAUAUGCCUCUAAAGCUCUCCGACGCUGACAAGCCUUCCGUGUUUGAUCACCUAAAAGAAAUAGGUUGCUGCAAGUUCUGUGCGGAACGUUUCUCCGGCGAGAGAUACUACGACCAUUACAAGAAAUUUGAGGAACUGGCAGCGCUUUCAGAUGUCAGUAACGGCGAAACAGAGUCUCACAGCCAGGAGUCGCCAGAAGAACCCACACCGAAGCGACAGAAAUUGGGCACCGAGGCCACCAGCGACUUGUCUGCACAUGUCGACGACGUCUGUAAAGACAGGCUGUCGGAGCGACGUGACCCUUUCAACGAGGGCGGUGGAGAUGGUAGUGGCACCAAGGAUGAUACUGGCUGUGUUGCUUGCUACGGAUUGCUGGAAAUUGAACACCUCAAGGCAUCCUACCAGCAGAUCAUCGCAGCUGUCAAGGAGAGUGGGUGCGUCUUCUCAAAGUUCACAUUCCAGCUGUCAGUGCCCGUGACACUUGAACUCCGUCACCAUGCCAUGGUGAUGCACCUGAAGGAAAAAUUUAGAGAAUCCUUCAAGGAGUGCAGCAACAUUGACUUUGUCAGUGCAAAGGAAGUGUGGAAGUACAUAGUUGGACCAAUGUUCGCCGACCACUUUGGCGUUGAGUUUUCUGCGACAAGCGGCUUCCAGGUUUCAGUGACACUCCCAUCGCCAAACGCCGAGGAAGAGUGCGGGUUUUUGUUAAAAAAGUUUCCUGAAUCCUUUCCAAACCGGAAGCAGAGGAAGCACCAAUGCCGGGAGAUAUUCACGCGUAGUGCCGUGCUGGACGCGCUUCGGAAGAUCUCGGACGACGACUUUAGAAAGUUGUACAAAUGCCCACCAGACAGACCCUCAAAAGUCGAAUCCAAGGUGGAAGUUUCGUGCGUCCACUCGCCUAUCUACCUCGCAGGUCGUUAUUGCAAGUACUCACGCAUCCUGAGCCAAACACCCUGGAUUCUUAACGGCAAGAGAAUCAUGGAAGCAUCCGUACAAGAAUUGAUCACCGAUGUGGUCACGAAGCACAUCCCGAAUGAAAAGAUUAUGUUUUCAUCAUCUGGGCGCGAAGACGUUGAUGUUCGGAUGCUUGGAAGAGGACGGCCAUUCGUGCUGGAGAUUUUCAAGACAAAGAAAGCAGUGUUCACGACAUCUGACAUGGAGGCCAUUGAGCAGGAAAUCAAUGCAAACACAAAGGACAUCAGUGUCAGCGACUUGCAAGUAAUUUCGAAGGACAUGACACAGGUGUUGAAGGAUGGCGAGGAGUCAAAACAAAAAACAUACGGGGCGCUGUGUUGUGCGAGCAGGCGGCUCACAGACGAUGAUGCGGCCCUGGUGUCUGGGCUCAAGAACGUGACACUCAAGCAGAAGACACCCAUUCGUGUACUGCACAGGCGAAACCUGGCGGAGCGCGAACGCACAGUGUACAAGAUGUCAUUGGAGCCACGAGAAGAUGCCGAAGAUGGGGGACACAGGUUCUAUCUCCACAUCACCACUCAGGCCGGCACAUACAUCAAGGAGUUUGUGCACAGCGACUUCGGCAGGACAGUGCCCUCGCUGGGAAGCUACCUCAACGCAGAUGUGGACAUAUUGGAGCUGGAUGUCGAGGAAGUCCACCUUGACUGGCCUCCACCACGGAAAUAACGAGAGCCACCGAGCAGCAUCAUUGAUGCUUGCAGCACAGCUGCAGGUGAAGCAGUGUUCAAACAUUUGACAAGUUGUCAACGUGAAGUGCUGCAACAAACUAUUUUCCUCGCUGGAACAGGCUGAAAUAAAAGGCAGUGCCAAUGCACUGGCUGCUGUCGGCUAUA